AUGAAUAAACAACAAAUAACUAAUCUUACAAAACAAUUACACAGUUACAAGAUACCCGCACUCAAUGACAUAGCACUACAUUGCGGGGCUCCGAUUUUCGGAACCACUAAAGCAUCACGUAUUGAAGGCAUCAUUGCUCAAUACCAAUUAUACUUAAUUCAAUGGCACAACUUGACUCGUCGAACUACCUUAGCAAUAGACAUUGGAAUCAAAAAUUUUUCCUAUUGCAAAACAUCACCCUUAGCAGCAGCCAGCUCUUCAUCUUGGCCAAUUCUAGUGACUCAUUGGGAAAAGCUCAAUCUCGAUACAAAAUUUGGCGCAUCUUACACGCCAUUGCUUCAUCAAGACACGGUUUUAGACAAUAAACGAUACUUGAAUCACAUAACAAACCAACUUGUUGACGAUCUACUACAACCUGGCUUAUCCAAUGUCAAAAUCAUGGAAAUUCAACGAACUAGAUCAAACAAUAACGCACAAACCUUGCCGACAAUUUUAACCAAUCAUACAUUGGAAAACUUGAUUUGGGCCAAAAUGUAUCCAGCGUUGGUCAUACCCAUGACGUCAAUGAAACUAAUUCAUUUUUGGCUUUAUCGAUUCAUAACUAAAGAUCUGAUAAAUACAAAAUUGAAAAAGACAAACAAGAUUAUACGACGUGAUUUGAUUCUCUCAUGGUUUGGUAAACUUUAUCAAUUAAAAGGGUAUCGACAUGAAACACUGGCGCCAUUGGCAAUACAUCAACUACUUGAGCAUCUACAUUUACCGAAGGGGGAUAAAACUGAUGAUUUGAUUGACUCGUUGCUUUAUAAUCUUUGCAUCAAUUGUCAAUUGAAUCAUCUAGGCCAUUUUCACAAGUAUAUCCAACUUGAUGGCAAUUUUGUUGAUUUUGUAAAUGAUGCUAAUCAGUUUCAUUUGGGUUUAAUUCAACUGGUGGUUGAAAGGUAUCAGCUAGAGCUAAAAUAG